AUGGAAAACCUGAGGCGGGAGGCUGCCCAGCCCUUUGUCCCCUCGGGCACCCUGGAACUCAACUUCCCUGCCCUUUUAUACAGCAAUGACUACCUGUCCCUGGAGGGCCCCCGUUGGGCACCGGCUGUCAAGCAAGCCGUGCGCUGGAAGUUCACGCCCAUGGGACAGGACGCAGCCGGUCAGGUGUGGUUCACCGGCCUGACCAACUCGGACCCACGCGAGGCCUGGUACAUGCUGCCUGCUGCGCUUGACAGACCGUACCGCGAGGCCCAUGCGCACUGGCACGGCUGCUUUGAGAGUCGCCAGCGUGGCCUGCCGCCCGCCUACACGCAGCGCCUGCGGGAGACGGCCUUCUGGGACCCUGUGCUGCCUGCGCAGUAUCUCAGCCCAGGCACGCGCUGGGGGUGCAUGCCGUGGAGGGACAGGCACAUCCGCGGCAAGGAGUUUGUGGUCAACAGGAACCAAUUCGGGGUGGAGCCCUCGCGGUCCGACUAUGUGCCCCACCUGUCGCCGCCACAGCGGCCGCGCUACACCUCGCAGGACUUCAGGCAACGGGACAGAGAGCGCCCCUGCCCGGCCACCGGCCAGCCGCCCCCGGCCUUCACGCCAGCGCUCUGAUAAAGCCCUGCUGCCGACCAGUGCCUCG